CCGGAGCGCGAGGGGAGAGAGCCGCGGAGCCCCGCUGCCGCCUCAGCUGACAGGGCAAGGGUAGGAGCGCUUGGGCGGGGCUGGAGAUUAUGAUGACUGGCACAAUGAAGCUUUAACUUCAGAAACAGACAUUUGACAUACCAUAAAUAUUGAUUGGCCUUAAAUUGACUAGCAUCCGUAGUCAAGACACCUCACAGGAACUCUUUCUUCCCUAAUCACCUUGUACCACACAAGCAAUCAUGUAUGGAAGUGCUCGGUCAGUUGGUAAAAUUGAUCCAAGCAACCAGAGUCCUGGGCGUUCACCAAGACUGCCACGAUCGCCACGGCUGGGCCAUCGUCGAACCAACAGUACAGGAGGAAGCUCUGGAAGUAGUACUGGGGGUGGCAGUGGUAAAACGCUUUCUAUGGAAAAUAUCCAGUCCUUAAAUGCGGCCUAUGCCACUUCAGGCCCUAUGUACUUAAGUGACCAUGAGAAUGUGGGUGCAGACACACCUAAAAGCACCAUGACUCUUGGCCGAUCUGGAGGGCGCCUGCCUUAUGGUGUAAGGAUGACUGCUAUGGGCAGCAGCCCUAACAUUGCCAGUAGUGGGGUUGCCAGUGAUACUAUUGCUUUUGGAGAGCAUCACCUUACUCCUGUGAGCAUGGCGUCAACAGUGCCUCAUUCACUGCGGCAGGCUAGGGAUAAUACUAUAAUGGACCUGCAGACGCAGCUCAAGGAAGUGUUGCGGGAAAAUGAUCUUCUGCGCAAAGAUGUCGAGGUGAAGGAAAGCAAACUUAGUUCCUCCAUGAAUAGUAUCAAGACAUUCUGGAGUCCUGAGCUAAAGAAAGAAAGAGCCCUGAGAAAAGAUGAAGCAUCCAAGAUAACUAUUUGGAAAGAACAGUAUCGAGUUGUGCAGGAAGAAAACCAGCAUAUGCAGAUGACAAUCCAGGCUCUCCAAGAUGAGCUAAGGAUCCAGAGGGACCUGAAUCAGCUAUUCCAGCAAGAUAGCAACAGUAGACCUAAUGAGCCUUUUGUAACAGAGCUUACAGAGGAAAACUUCCAGCGGCUUCAUGCGGAGCAUGAGCGGCAGGCCAAGGAACUCUUUUUGUUACGUAAAACUUUGGAAGAAAUGGAGCUGAGGAUUGAAACACAGAAGCAAACCUUAAAUGCUCGUGAUGAGUCUAUCAAAAAGUUAUUGGAAAUGUUGCAGAGCAAAGGGCUGUCUGCAAAAGCCACAGAGGAGGAUCAUGAGCGGACCAGACGGUUGGCUGAGGCAGAGAUGCAUGUUCACCACCUGGAAACCUUGCUGGAACAGAAGGAAAAGGAGAACAACUUGCUAAGAGAGGAGAUGCAUCGUCGCUUUGAAAAUGCUCCUGACUCUGCCAAGACUAAAGCUUUGCAGACUGUUAUAGAGAUGAAGGACUCUAAGAUUUCCUCCAUGGAGCGUGGACUCAGAGAUCUGGAAGAAGAGAUUCAGAUGUUGAAAUCGAAUGGAGCACUCAGCACAGAAGAACGUGAGGAAGAAAUGAAACAAAUGGAAGUGUAUCGUAGCCAUUCCAAAUUUAUGAAGAAUAAGGUAGAGCAACUGAAGGAAGAGCUAAAUGCCAAGGAGGCUCAAGGGGAGGAGCUGAAAAAGAGAGUGGCUGGUCUUCAGACUGAGAUUGGUCAGGUGAAACAAGAGCUGUCACGCAAAGACACCGAACUGCUGGCCUUACAGACAAAGUUGGAAACGCUCACAAACCAGUUUUCAGAUAGCAAGCAACACAUUGAUGUGCUCAAAGAGUCCCUCACAGCUAAAGAGCAGAGAGCUGCCAUUCUGCAAACAGAGGUGGAUGCUUUGCGAUUACGUUUGGAAGAAAAGGAGACAAUGCUAAAUAAAAAAACUAAGCAGAUUCAGGAAAUGGCUGAGGAAAAAGGAACUCAAGCCGGAGAGAUUCAUGACCUCAAGGAUAUGCUAGAUGUGAAAGAACGCAAAGUUAAUGUUCUUCAGAAAAAGAUUGAAAAUCUUCAGGAACAGUUAAGAGACAAGGAAAAACAGAUGAGCAGCUUAAAAGAGAGAGUGAAAUCCUUGCAGGCUGACACCAGCAACACCGAUACUGCCUUGACCACACUGGAGGAAGCACUUGCAGAGAAGGAGCGUACUAUUGAGCGUCUUAAAGAGCAGCGUGAUAGAGAUGAGCGAGAAAAACAGGAGGAGAUUGACAACAACAAGAAAGAUAUUAAGGAUCUAAAAGAGAAAGUCAGCAUCCUGCAAGGAGAUUUGACAGAGAAAGAGGCUGCAUUGCUGGAUUUGAAGGAGCAUGCCUCAUCUUUGGCAUCGUCAGGACUGAAGAAAGAUUCUAGGUUGAAGUCCCUGGAAAUUGCCUUGGAACAGAAAAAAGAAGAAUGUUUGAAACUGGAAUCUCAGCUGAAAAAGCAUCCUGAAGUCUUAUUGAGUCACCCAUCCAAGCCAGCUCACGAAGCAACACUGGAGGCCAGGGCCAGUCCAGAAAUGAGUGACCAGUUUCAGCAGCUGGAGAGAGAAGUGGCACGGUACAGGGAAGAAUCUGCUAAGUCUCAAGCAGAGGUGGAUCGUCUGCUGGAAAUCCUGAAGGAGAUGGAAAAUGAGAAGAAUGAUAAAGAUAAGAAGAUAGCAGAACUUGAAAGGCAAAUUAAAGACCAGAAUAAAAAGGUGGCAAAUCUGAAGCACAAAGAACAAGUGGAGAAAAAAAAGAGUGCACAGAUGUUAGAAGAAGCUAGGCGGCGAGAGGACAAUCUUAAUGACAGUUCUCAGCAACUGCAGGACAAUCUACGUAAGAAAGAUGAUCGAAUUGAGGAGCUGGAAGAAGCACUGAGAGAGAGUGUGCAAAUAACUGCAGAGCGGGAAAUGGUACUGGCACAAGAAGAAUCAGCCAGGACGCAUGCUGAAAAACAGGUAGAAGAGUUGAUGAUGGCUAUGGAGAAAGUGAAACAAGAACUGGAAUCAAUGAAAGCGAAGCUCUCCUGUACCCAACAGUCUCUAGCUGAGAAGGAAACCCACUUGACCAACUUGCGAGCUGAGAGGAGGAAACAUUUGGAGGAAGUUCUAGAGAUGAAGCAAGAAGCCCUGCUAGCUGCCAUUAGUGAAAAAGAUGCCAACAUUGCUUUGCUGGAGCUCUCUUCCUCCAAGAAAAAAACCCAAGAUGAAGUGGCUGCACUAAAACGAGAGAAAGACCGCUUGGUGCAACAGCUAAAGCAGCAGACACAAAAUCGCAUGAAAUUGAUGGCAGAUAACUAUGAUGAUGACCACCUCAAAUCAUCAACUCAUUCCAGUCAAAGUAAUCAUAAACCCUCCCCAGAUCAGGUAAUUCAGCCUCUUUUAGAUCUUGAUCAGAAUCGCAGCAAGUUGAAGAUGUAUAUUGGACAUUUGACAGCCCUGUGCCAUGACCGGGACCCCCUGAUUCUCCGUGGACUCACCCCGCCUGCAUCCUACAACCUGGAUGAUGACCAUGCAGCUUGGGAGAAGGAGCUGCAGAAGAUGACGAUGGAGCAGCUUCAUGAGGAGCUGGAGAAAGGUGAGAGGGACAGCGCAGAGCUCCAAGAGUUUGCCAAUGCCAUUCUACAGCAGAUAGCUGAUCACUGCCCUGACAUCCUGGAGCAAGUUGUCAAUGCACUUGAGGAAUCGUCAUGACCAGAACCAAUGCAAGCCCCGGCACGAGAAGCACACCCAGGGGCCGAGCCCAGCCAGUCCAGUGAGUCGUGAGGAUGAAGAACAGUAUGAAGGGAGAGACCAGAACAGGAACUUUUGGUGCACCUUUUUAUAUUAAAAAAAAAACUUGACGAAACUGGUAUCUCAGCUCUUCCAGUCUAGAAGUUCUGAAUCAUGCCUGCAUUCAUCUUCUCACUGCCUUUUAAACUUUGGAAUAUGCCUCCCAGUUAUCUUUCCUGCUGGUUUUGGGAUAUGUCUGCUCAGAAAUUUGCUGAGCCGUAUAAAUACGGGAGUGGCAAUAUUUUGGACACAACUAGUUCUGGUGGUUAAGGUGGUAGCGGUGGAGCACUUGCCUUUAUUUUAUUUCCCAGUUGGAUAGGGGAAGCUGAGCAUGCUCCAGAAGUGGCCAACAUCAGUUUUGCUAGCUGAAGAAUUGCUGCCUGUGUUUGCAAAAAUGUUUUAGCCUAAAAGGCGAAAUUAUUACAGAGGGAAAGUACUCCUUGUUCUCGGUGGUCAUGACAAAUAAGCAAGAAUCCAGAAAGUUAUUGUGUAGUACCUUCUUCAUAUUGUGAGCUGCGUUUUUGCUUACCAAAUGGGCUCUGAAAUGCUGGCAACUAUUUUCUUUAGCUGGCUUUUUUGAUCCAGUCAAUUGCAGUCAUUGUUUCCUCUGUGUUUCUUUGCAUUCUCAUUUGCAGGAUGCUUUCUAUAUACUUGACUUUUUAUUUUAACUGUUUUGAGUUUUACUUUGUGAACGGUGCCUAGUAGCAGAGUACUAAAUAUGAUCACACCUACCGCUUUACCUUCCAUAGCACCCCCACACACACGCACACACACGCACACACACACAAACUGUUUAGUGCAUCCAAAUUAGCCUCUUCAAGGCUAUUUUGCUAUUGUGAACAGCACGCUGUUCACAAAGCCAAAUUAACAGGCUGGAUAGGAAUUCAUAUGUUUUGCACUAAUUGUGAACAUAGCUUUUUUAUGACUGUGUAGUGCUGGUUUUAUGCAUAGUGACAUUUUGCAGCUGUUCAGCAGAGCCCCCCUGGUUUCACUAUAUUCUUCCUUAGAGAAAGUUACUCUUUCUGUAGCUUUUCAAUUUUCAGAGUUAAUAGUACCUUUAGAGCCAGUAUGAGAAAAGUGGUCAGGAACUGGAACGUACAUAAUGAAGUAGAAGAAAGAUUGCUUCCUCUUAAAUUGCUUUUCUUAUAGUUUUGCCUCUGUGGUCAUUGUCCUACUCACCAUGUUUGGUUUUUCCAGCUUCGGCAUUUUAUACAUGGAAGUUCCCACAACAUUAGUUCCCUUGACCUUGCAUUCCAGGUUGAUUAGGCAGAAUACUAAAUAUGGUCACACCUACUACUUUACUCUGAAGGCUUUUUCCCAUCUUAUUUCAGAGGCCAUGCCACAUGUAUCGAAGUUUUUUUUCUGACUAUCUUGUAUUACUCUGUUCCACUGAAUCUUUUCUUCCAAAUCUGGCAUCACAGUUUCUAGGACAUCACUAAUUUUUAUAUAGAAAGGAAGGUGUCUCUCUCAAACAAGCACUUCUGUUGUAAUGCUUGUCUUUUAUUGUAAAGGGAUGCAAAUGGGCCAUCCAGUGCCAAAUUUGUUUAGUGAUGUUCAGUGGUACCUUGGGGUACUUCAGAAAGGAGGUACAACAUAAGUAAGCUUAGUUUUUAAUGGCACUGUUUCUCCCUUGGUUUUCUAAUGAGAAAUUUACAUCACACCCUCAUGACUUUUUGGAGAUCAGGAAUGGUAGUUUUAGAGCUGAAAGUAGAAAUACCCUGUGGCUGAUGCUUUUCGUCACAGAGCAAUAAAAUGGGGGGGAGACCUGAUUGUUCUCAAGGUUGAAAUUGCCUUUACCGGAAGGCAUGUAGACAGUGACUGUACAUACCACUGAGCCAUGCCUCAUACCAGAGCCGCGCCUUUGGCCCUAUUGUUUGAGUCAGCGCAUUUUGAUAGGAGCUUCUGUUUUGAAAUCUCCCUUCUAGCUUUUUCUUCUUCAUUCCUAAUUACUCACUGUAGGAAUUUAAUGCUGCCUGUAAAACUAUCACAGCCUUCAGGCCUCGCAUCUUCUCACCACCACCACUCCCUGGCGAUCCCAUUAAGUUAUAUGGUUGGGUCUCCAGCUGCCCUUGUUCCCUGCUGUAAAACAAUACACUCGCUCUGUAGAAGAAGCUGUGGAAUUUUCCUUAUCACUGGUUGAAACAACUGGUGCUUGUAAACUUCUUAUGUUAGAUGCUUCUUGAUAGCAUUUGUUUUGUCGAAAGUAGGGAGGGGAGCCAGUCAGAGAUAGUUGCUUGUGGUUGCUGCUUCAUCCUCAUGUGUUUAUUGUACUACCCAUAAAUCACAGUUCUGCAUUCUUGUAUUUCUGGAGUCUUUAACUCAGCUGCCACCAUGUGGCUGUGCUACUCCAAAAAAAACCCCAAACCUGGAUCUUCUUCAGCAGACUUAUGCUCUUCCCAGCAAAUUGAGUGCAAGACCCACUGCAAUGAAAUCAUGAUAAUGCCCAUUGUUUAUACUCUACUCCACUCUUCGCAUGUUUUCUGGAAGGAUUUGUGGAGCAGAGCCAGUUCCCACACUGGCCAUUUGGUUACAGUUUGAACCCUUCCCCCUCCAUCUCCAAAUCUGUAAUAUGCCUGUCUUGCAACACAUCCCUGCCACCCCAAUACAACUUUUCCACCUCAUUCUGUGAACUUAAUCCUGCUUCCAUAAAGCCCAACCUAAACCCCCAGUAAAGAGAUUUUUGAGAGAAACACCAAGCAAUAUUUUACCUUAGAGAAGAGCAGAUUUAGAUUUACAGAGUGAGCCAUUGUGGAUAAUCCUCUUGAUGCCUCUGGGCAAUGGCCAUACCUCACCAUAUUUCUGUAGGAACUAUGAAGCCUUAAAUACGAGGCAUUGCUUGUGACAAUAGUGUUGAACAUGGCCUGUUUACUCGUUUCCUUUAAUUUUGAACACAAGACAGAUGACUUCCUUGGAAGUCAAGUGGACAUUCACUCUGGUAUGAGAUGGCAUACCAGCGUACUCAAAUCAGAGGGGAUUAUAGAUUGCCAGUACAGCAAUCAUAGAUUUUAUUCCUGCUACAAGUAAGAUUCAUCACCUGUGUUCAAUAAAGAUGGCUCUGAACAAAUGUGCCACAGUGAUAUCAUUUUCAUCACUUUGUUCCUCAGUCCACUAUUCAAGAAUACCCUCUUAUCUGUUAAUUCCAGCAUACUUUGUUUUGUGCUUGCCAUAUUAAUGGAGUUUUAUUUGCGGGAUUAUAACAAGCUUGGCUUUAUGUUUACUCUUUCAAGCUAUAACAGUGUUAAUUUAUUAAGUAUCAAAAAGAUUUAUAAACUGCAGGAAUCCUCCAAAGAUGAGGGGAAUGGGGCAAUUCAUUCUACUUUGUUCAUGAGAAAUCAGAUAAUUUCAUGAUCUGGUUGAAAAUCUUAGUGAUUCUCAGGAAAGCAAAUGCUCAUUCCAAAAUAACCAAGAUUGGGAAUACUGAUAAAACAAUACUUCAGCCUUGAAAUUACAUAAUGACACUAGCUACCAACCUUUAAGGGAAAUUAGAUACAUCUAGAAGAAAUAGGUUUCUGGUGUAUUGGGUCUGUUACAAUUACUAUUGUGGCUGUCUUUUUCACUUAGCAAUGCCAAAAUGCUCUCUGGAAAUCCCAUACAUCAACUACAAUUAAACGAAUAACAUUAUGGUGAGAUACUAUAAUACGUGCCAUCAGAUACCAUUCAGAAAAGGGAAAGACUCACAUAGAUCACUCCAGAAACUUUUCAUCCAAGGGAAUUUUCUGUGUAUUUUGCAAGAGAGUUAUGAAUUUUUAUGAGAGUUUUAGGAAUCCAUUUCUAUUCAUUCUAAUAUUGAAAUGGUACUCCGCUUGAGAAAAUUCUUAUAUCUUGUAAAAAAAGUUAAUGAAACACCAUUUCCGUCGUGUCUCAAACGUUGUUCUGGAGUGCCAUGAUAUUUUUCGUAUCAAAAGGAAGUGGGAUACAUUAGUUUAUACAUACUAGUUCGUAUCUUAAAUAUAGCUUUCCUGGCAUCACUGUAAUAGAAGUUCUUGCAGUGAGUAGUGAAAUGAUAAUGGGAAUAUCUUUCUGUCAGAGUCCUUGGAGUUUGGAAAAAAAAACCCUUUCAGAGAAUCAAGCAACAAAAGAAAUGGAAAGUGGAGUGCUCCGCAUUUAAUAACACUGUCCCAUUGAAUCUAGUUGGAUGGGCAAGUCAGGCAGUGGGUGUUUUGGGGCUGCCAGAAUUGACAAGACAAAUUCUUCUCUUGCCAAUCACUCAGUCUUGUCAGUACAGCAGGUGCUGUUUUUAUAAAAAUAAUAUUUUUUAUCUUUUUUCCAUUUAAGUAGAGGAAGCCUUAUCCUUCUGAACAAAAUGGCUGUGUCUGCUGAUCUUUUUUUAAAAAAAAGAAUAAAACCAUUUCCAAA